CCCUCACCACCCUUGUCUUGCUGGUUAUAAUAUUUGUUUAAGCUGUAAAACUUAGUUUUGGUAGACCAAUUCUAAUAUAAUCAUAUACUAUAAUUUUAAUAGAAAAGGACUUGCCCUUUAGAAAGGUCAAAAGCCAUAUGAAACAGAAAAAAUAAAAAAGAAACAGAAAAAAAGAAUGAUUUGGUAAAUGAUGCUGCUCUUUGUCCUUAAUUAAAGUCAACUGUAACGUGACAAUUAAUGCAAAUUGCUGAUACAAAAUUUGAAUGGAAAUUUAUUGAGUGGUUAUAUGACAGCUGGCAACUAAUAUAAAAUUCCAAACAAAGAGGAAAGAAAAGAACCUCAUGAGUAGUAUAAAAUGUUAUUUUGAGUGCAAAGGCUUAGUAUCAAACCAUAUGAAUUGCUCUCUCCUUCUUCCCUUUUGCAGUUCAACUUCAUCACAAUUUCUUUUGAUCACUCACCACUUGUGAGAAAAGAUGUCUUCUAACCAAUAUCUGUCUUCAAAGAAUCGUCUUUUUGAGCAUCUGCAACAACUUGACAAUAUUUUGUACUUCCCUAAAACUUUUAUAGAUAUGGUCAAGUUCUUUAAAAACGAAUUCAAAUUCCUGGAUAUCUUUUUCCGCCUGCAGAGCUUCACACAUGAACCCAACUUGCUAGAUGUCACUCAGAAAAUCCAAUCUCUUUUUCGAGAUGCUGCAGUUGAGUUUUCUGAAUUGCACCUAGACAACUACUGUGAUUUCAAUAACUCGGUUCAAAAUGAGAUUUGGUCGAUUAAGAUGGAAAUUAAAGCCAAAUACUCCUUUCCUAAAAUAUCAUUACCACUUUCAGCCAACAAGGAUGGCAUUGCUAUUCCCAAAUUUGUAACAGAAUUUAUCCAUUCCGUGGUAGAGAAUCUUCCUAAUCUAGUGAAGAUUGAUGAUUCGUGUUCACUUCUUUAUGUUCCCGAAACAAUGGAACAUGUGGAUGUUAUUUUAAAGGAAGUGAACUUGCUGCAUAAUUUCUUCUGCUUUGUUUCAGAGAGGUUUGUAGAGCCUCAGAGCCAACAUCUUGCUGAUUUCUUCACUCAUGUUUUAGCUGUGGCUGGCUACGCAUCAACGUUUUUCUGGUUGUAUUUACCAGACUUGGCUCCAGAAGAAAUAAAUGUUUUGCUUUCUGAUUUCUUGCGAAUGAGGAUUAAGCCCAUUCAACCAUGCAUCCGCGAGAUCUAUGUUAAUGUCUUGCAAUCUUUGAAGGCGACAAUACAGUCAGGAUGGUAUCCCAACAUCCAACGUGAGCCAGCAGCUGACACCGAAGCCAGUUUUGUGAAGAUAAUUCUACACAAUUUGGCGGAACUGCCAGCUAAUAGCAACUCCAGUCAGAGAGUUGCUUUGAAUGAUCACUUGGCAAACCUUCAGGAGAUGCUCAACCUCUUGAGAGCCAAUAUCAUCCAUGCGCCGAUACAAGAUCUUGAACUUCUGUCAGUUCUUCGAUAUAUUGACACUGUCAUUAUUGAUGUAGGGCUUCUCGUUUACUCGUUAUAUAAAGGCGAGGAUGAGGAGAAGGAAGACAUAGCACUUGCAGAAGUGAACCCUGCACAAGUUCUUGAUCAGUUGCCGGGUAACAUUCAACACAUAAUUAGCGCAGUGAUUUAUCCCACCAUUCGGAAGGCGUUCCAAUCUAAAUUGCCAGGGAUUAAUGGACUAGGCUAUGUUGAUUUCCUUUUAAACAACUUGAAGGAGUUCCAAAGCCGCCAUUCAGAUUCACUAGCGUCUGUCACGAAACAACUUCAAAUCAUUCAGAAGGAUUUUGAGAGCUCCCAACCUUUUCUGAAGGCUGUUUCACAAGCGCAACACAAUGACCUCGACAAAAUUCAAAGUUGUGCUACACAAUUGAUUAACAAAGCAUAUGAGGUAGAAUAUAUUGUUGAUGCUUGUAUAUGCAAAGUUCAUGUCUGGUGCCUAGAGCAUUGGCUCUUGGAUAUCAUGGAGGAGAUUACUCUUAUCACAACAGACGUAGCAGAUAUUCAAGGGAAAAACAUAGUUGAGGAUGCAAUGGAUACCGGCACAAUUCAUACAUCAUUAAAUUGGGCAAGGUCUCCAAUGAUGAAUGAUGAACUUGUGGGUUUUAAGGACGUCAUAGAAGAUCUAAGAUACCUACUAAUAAGAGGAACCAGAGGGCGAGAUGUUAUAUCAAUUGUCGGCAUGCCGGGUCUAGGAAAGACGACUCUAGCCUACAGACUCUACUCUGACAGGUCAAUUGUUUCUUACUUUGACAUUCGUGCAAUGUGUUGUGUGUCUCAAAUAUAUUCACGUAAGCACUUGUUACUGGCAAUUCUACGUGAUGUUAUUGGUGAGGAUUCUAAACGUAGAGAAAAUCAUGCUGAUGAGUUAGCUAAUGAGCUUCGCAAAGCUUUAUUCUCCAAAAGAUAUCUCAUCCUUGUUGAUGACGUGUGGGAAGCUAGUGCGUGGGAUGAUCUAAUUGGUUGUUUUCAUGAUGGCAAUAAUGGAAGUAGAAUCAUUCUAACAACCCGAAAUCAUGAAGUAGCUAAUUACGCUAGAUCUGAAAGUGAUCCCCUUCAACUUCGUAUGUUUAACGAUGAUGAAAGUUGGGAGUUACUCCGGAAAAAGGUGUUUGGUGACGAAAGCUUCUCCCCUCUCCUAACAAAAGUUGGGCAAAAAAUAGCAAAAAAGUGUGGUCGGUUGCCUCUUUCAAUUGCUUUGGUGGCUGGUAUUCUAGCAGAGACGGAGAAGAAAGAAGAAUGUUGGGAACAAGUGGCCAAUAAUUUAGGUCCCCGCAUUCACAAAGACUCGAGGGCCAUUAUAGAACAAAGUUAUCAGAUGUUACCCUAUCAUUUGAGGUCUUGCUUUCUUUACUUUGGAGCAUUUCUAGAGGACAGUGUGAUUAAUGUUUCAAAGUUAACACGGUUGUGGAUCUCCGAAGGAUUUGUAAAAAGUUGUGAAGGCAAGAGCUUGGAGGAUAUAGCAAAAGGUUAUUUGGAAAAUCUUUUUGGAAGAAAUCUAGUGAUGGGAACUAAGAGGAGCUCUGGAGGUGAGAUCAAAGCAUGUCUCAUUCAUGACCUAUUGCAUGAUUUCUGCAAGGAGAGAGCAGCGGAAGAGAAUCUCCUCGUAUCGAUAAAAAGACGGGAUCAAAAUACUAAUCCUUCUUCCUGCGUUUACUGUCAUAAGCAACUUGCUCAUCGCAUGUCCAUUUAUGGUGAAGACUAUCAUAUUGGGGAAUCAAGCUCGUACUUGUCACAUGUUGGUUCUUUCAUAAUGCAUAAUCGUGUUCAUCUUACAUGUCGCGAACUCUCCCACAUUUUCUACACCUACAAAUUUCUGAAAGUGUUGGAUUUAGAGUUCACUUGUAUUGAUUCUUUCCCAACUGAUCUAGUUUACUUGAGGUAUCUUGCUGCAAAAACUUCGAAGCCGUCAAUUUCAUCAUUCAUAGCCAAUUGUUGGAAUCUUGAAACUCUGAUAAUACACAAUGAUGAAGGCAAAAUGUCAGUACCCAUUACACUCUGGGAGAUGAUUAAAUUGAGGCAUCUUCAUAUUUCGAAAUGCAGCUUUAUCAUAGAAAAUGCAGAAGAAUUACAUGAGAACUCAAAAACACUUUAUGAUCUGAAAACUCUUUCCACUCCAUGUUUUUCUUGUGUCGAGGAUGCAGAAUUGAUGUUGGGAAAAACACCUAAUCUUCGGGAACUGAAAUGCAGAGUCAAGGGUAUUGACAACUUUCAGUACUAUGUACUGAAUUUUCCAACAGGGAUUGAAACGUUGAAGAUUCAAAAUGCAAAUCCAAAGAAAAAAAUUCCCUUUUGCAUCUCUGCACCAAAUCUCAAAAACUUGAAACUAAAAUAUUUUCACCUGCAUCCUCAGCACUUAUUAGGAAUUGCUUCACUUCAGAAUCUUCAAGUACUCAAACUGGAGUGCGUGUACUUUAAAGAUAGGGAAUGGAAAGUGAGCAAUGGCGAGUUCCCUCAACUCAAAGUCUUGAAAUUACACAAUAUAAUCUCCUUACGAGAAUGGACUGUUCAUGAUGAUGCCUUUCCUAACCUUGAACACUUGGUUUUGCGUCAUUGUUACUCUCUUGAGGAGAUUCCUUCUUGUUUCAGAGACAUCUCUUCUCUAAAAUCCAUUGUGGUAAGGAUAUGCAAUGAUUCUGUUGACAAGUCAGCAAGGGAUAUUUGGGAAACACAAGUUGAAGAUUAUCAGAAUUCAGAGUUCCGGAUCUCUAUCACUAGCAAAGCUUGAAAUGUUAUUAAAGGGCGUCAAAAUAUAUAAAAGUGAACGUACGAAAAAAAUCAAGAGGAGUCAACAUAUAGUGUAUAUACAUAUAAUUUUUUUACUACAUAGUGUAUUUUUCCCGCCAA